CAAUAUAUUAAUUAAUCUCGUUAGAAAUACACAUAUUUAUAACAGGCCAGUGUUGAUAAAAUGUUCAAAUUUGUGGUUGUGUUUUGUAUACUGGUUGUGAAUUUCACUUCGUGCGAAAUUUCAUGGCGAACAUUCCAGCAUUUGUCCAGGGUCAUGGAUUCCAGAAAUUACACAUGUGAUGAGGAACAUCGAGAUUUGAUGCAGAAGCGCAUCGCCAAACAAGACCCCUGCAGUCACACUCGAUGCCUUGACAACAAAAUAGUUACAUUUAAAUGUGGGGAAAUCAAGAAAGCUUAUCCGCCGUGUAGAUACGCCGUUGACGGAGAUAACCCUUUCCCCAACUGUUGUUUACGGAUCGAAUGUCCUCCUUACUAUAAAGCUUUGGACGCGUAUAUCUACACCUUAACGUUGAUCCAGACCAAUGGAGAGGCCACGCUGGAUCAAGGCACACUCUACUCCGAUAUAGACGUCUCUUACGGUGGUAGUUUUCAACCCUUCUUUAGGAAUAAGUGCUAUAUAUUUCUCUUUGUCACUUGGCUUGUUUUGUGUAUUGGAUAAAAUAAAAUUAGACUAAUGUUUUAUAGAUAAA